CGGCGACACCACGUCGCGAUCCUCCUCCCCCGGAGCCUUCAGUGCCCACACCAUCUCCCUCUAUCAUUGUCACCUCGCCUCGGCAGUUCGCUCACUUCAUUCGACAGGACGACGUCACCUUCUUUAUGGUGGACGUGACGGAUCUCUUACACUAUGAUCCACCCUGUCCCGACGUCGAGCUCAUCCCUCUGGAGCUAGAUCCUCCCUCUAUCUCCAUGACUCCCAUCUCUACUUCCGUCCCUCCGCCGUCCGUCGAGUCCACCCCGCCGUUGUGCGCUAACGCUGACGCUGAGGAACUCGCACGGUAUACGGCUGACUUGAAGCCCGCAGUUCGUGACCUCAUCCGAGAGUACCACGACGUUUUCCCAUCGUUGUUAUCGUACGCCGGCAUCCCACCGAUGCGUGACGUCGAGCCCUCCAUUCAGCUCGUGCCUGACUAUUGUGUUCACCACCAGGCACCCUACAGAUUCUCGAUCCCCGAGGCCACCGAACUCAAGCGUCACCUUGAGGAGCUCCUAAGACUGGGUUUCAUUAAACCCAGCAACUCCCCGUGGGGUGCACCCGUCCUCUUUGCUUACAAAGCGGAUGGAACUCUUCGUCUCUGCAUCGACUACCGCGGCCUCAACCGCUACACGGUUCGGAACAGCUACCCCAUGCCUCGUUCCGAUGAGCUGUUCGACCGCCUAGCAGGCAACCGCUUCUUUACGAAGAUUGAUCUUCGUAGCGGUUACGAUCAGAUCCGCGUCGCUGCAGCCGACCAGCCGAAGACCGCGUUCCGAUCGCGAUUCGGCCACUACGAGUGCACGGUGAUGCCAUUCGGCCUCACCAACGCACCCACUACCUUCCAGAGGGCGAUGAACGACAUCUUCAGGGACAUUCUGGAGCAGUACGUUCUCAUCUACCUCGACGAUCUAUAGUCGUACCCUUGAGGAGCACCUCAGACACCUCCGCGACGUCCUUGACCGCUUGUGCAGACAUGGCUUCUAUGCCAAGCUAAGCAAGUGCCGCUUUGCCCAGCACAAAGU